AUGAAUCUUAGUAAACACCUCAAAAAAGCUUCCUCUCGCCUCCGAUUUGCGACCAGAAUUAGAUAUCUUUUUUCAAUUGCUAAAGGACUCACAUCAAUUCAUCAUGCAGGUCUAAAGUUUUCUGAAUCUACACCUGCAACAGACAUUUAUAGUUUUUCGAUACUGGACAGACGCCCUUUGCUGAUAUCAAACAAGAUUCUUGUUGAUACAAGUCAUUUGCAAUGGAAAACGAUUGGAUAUACUGAAUGGCUGGAUACCGAUUCUAAAACCGGAGAAUUUGAAAAAGUGAAAGUGAAGCCAUCAAUACCCAAGAAGCCUCAUUCAAGCUCUGAGUUUCAUAGUAUUUCGAUACCAUUAGAGAUUGGAUCCAUUAAAGUAGUUAUCCGAAUAUCCAAAAAUAGUUCUCAUAAAUUAUGGGACAAAUGA